CGCUGUCCUGACGUGACGACGCCGCCGGCCGGGCUGGGCUGGAGCGGACGGCGCCGAGGCGUCUCGCGGGGCCGGUGCCUCCCGCAGCCUCGGGGAAGUGGCUCCGCGUGCAGCGACUCUCCGGUCGGGCCGCGUUUGGUUUCUCCGGAGCCAAACCGGCCUUCGCGGGCGGCUCCCGAGUCCUCCCGCUGCGGGCGUCGGCGCUGCGGGGCUUCGCCGGGCGCGUGGCCAAGGUCCCGGGCGGCGGACGCGCCCCGGAGCGCACACGCGCGGGGGCGAAGGGGCUCCGUUCCCUGAAGCGGCAGCGGCCCGAAGUGGAGAGAUCCCGCUGCUCCCGGAGGUCGAGGCGUCGCGGCAAGAUCACGGCGGUGAGGACGAAAGCUAAUUUGAAAGGAGAGAGAAGACCUCUAAAAAGGCUUGUGGAAACAUCUCUGUCUGUAACUGUGUGUAAGCAGCGAAGGAAAAAUUGAUCCCCAGCAAAACUAACAAAAAUUGAAGCAGGUUUAUGUGUGUGUCAUCGGUUCUACCCAGAAGUCGAAGAAUCCUCCUUUGAAUUGAAGGACUGUAUGCCUUUCUUGAGAGGAUGACUUUUCAGUUUAAUUUUACUAUAGAAAACCAUCUGGAAAAUGAAUCCACACCCCUUGGAGAUGGAACUUUGGCCCUGGAUUCCUCCAAAGAGUCUUCAGUCUCAGAAAAUAAAAAAGGUCGACGUAGGGACAGAAAACGUUCUACAGAACAGCUUGAGUGGCCUCAGGAUCAUUUGUUGGAGUGUAAGCCAGUGGGCAGCACAGCUCCCUCUCAAGACACAGACGGCUCAGUCAGUGCAGCAAACAGCUCACGUAACCUGGAGCCGCAUGAAAACCAUCCCUGCGUGAGAGUGGCCAAAGAGCAUCCUCUGCCCGAAGAUGUAAUCAAAGUGCUAGAAAACAAAGUCGUGGAAACAUUACCAGGUCCCCAACAUGUUAAUGUAUCCAUUGUGAAAACCAUCUUGUUGAAAGAGAAUGUCGCUGGAGAAAACAUAGUGUCACAAAGCAUUUCUUCUCACUCUGAUCUGAUUUCAGGGGUUUAUGAAGGAGGCUUAAAAAUCUGGGAAUGUACCUUUGACCUACUGGCUUAUUUCACAAAGGCCCAGGUAAAAUUUGCUGGGAAGAAAGUGUUGGAUCUUGGCUGUGGAUCCGGGUUGCUCGGUAUAGCGGCAUUCAAGGGAGGGGCCCGAGAAAUUCAUUUUCAAGAUUAUAACAGCACGGUGAUUGAUGAAGUAACCUUACCUAAUGUAGUGGCUAACUUCACUGUGGAAGAUGAAGGAAAUGAUGUCAACGAACCCAAUGUGAAACGUCGCAGGAAAUCAGAAAUAGCACAAGAAUUAUGUAAAUGCCGGUUCUUUUCAGGGGAGUGGUCUGAGUUUUGUAAGCUUGUACUAAGUAGUGAGAACUUCUUUGAAAAAUAUGAUCUCAUUCUCACCUCAGAAACCAUUUACAAUCCAGAUUAUUACAGUACUUUGCACCAGACAUUCCUUGGAUUGUUAGAUAAGAAUGGACGGGUGCUUUUAGCAAGCAAAGCACAUUAUUUUGGUGUAGGUGGAGGCACUUAUCUCUUUCAGAAGUUUGUAGAAGAAAGGAAUGUAUUUGAGACCAGAACACUUGAAAUAGUUGAUGAAGGACUAAAGAGAUUUCUAAUUGAAAUGACUUUUAAGUAACCGAUUUAUUGUCCACCGAGUGUCCUAAGUGAAACAAACAGCAUAGCCAAAAACUUGUUUCGAAUAUUUGAGUUCUGCUUUGCUAUUAUUUUUUUAACUAUGAUGUUUGUUUAUCCAAAUAAUAUACCAGCUAUAUUAAUAACAUGUACUUGCUAGGGAAGACUGAAUAAAUAGUGUCCUGAGCAUUUGA